AUGUCUUCACAACCGGGUUCCGUGAGGAAACGGAAGGAUGCCUCAACCCCCCUCAAAGCAAAGGAUGCUUCCGCAACUGGCAUUGCAGCGCCUAGGGACGCCGAACUCGAUGCUCUUGUCAAGGCCACUCGGGAAAGUACAACGCCGCCUAUAGAGUGGAAUUACCGAAUUGCGCUUGGUAUCAUUACAGUAUUGGCGUUCGUAACGAGAUUCUGGGGCAUCAGCCACCCUAAUGAAGUGGUCUUCGAUGAGGUUCAUUUUGGCAAGUUUGCCUCCUAUUAUCUCGAGCGGACAUACUUUUUCGAUGUUCACCCUCCGUUUGGCAAGCUUCUCUUCGCUCUUAUGGGCUGGUUCGUGGGAUAUGAUGGCCACUUCCAUUUUGAGAACAUUGGCGACUCCUAUGUUACAAACAAGGUUCCAUACGUAGCAUUUCGAGCAAUGCCCGCUCUGCUAGGAGCUUUAACGGUCCCGGUGGUAUUUAACAUAAUGUGGGAGUCUGGAUACACUCUUCCCGCCUGUAUCCUCUCCGCCGGCCUGAUCCUCUUCGAUAACGCACAUAUUGGUCAAACCCGACUGAUCCUCCUUGACGCCACCCUUGUAUUGGCGAUGGCCUGCAGCUUGCUGUGCUACAUCAAAUUUUACAAGCUCAGACACGAGCCAUUUGGCCGCAAGUGGUGGAAAUGGCUUCUUCUCACCGGUUUCGCUCUUAGCUGCGACAUGUCGACUAAGUACGUCGGUCUUUUUGCAUUCAUCACUAUCGGAUCAGCCGUGGCAAUCGAUCUCUGGGAUCUUCUGAACGUCAACCGCCGCCAAGGUGCACUAGACCUUCCGGAAUUCGCGAAGCACUUUGCUGCUCGAGCCUUUGCUCUGAUUAUUGUCCCAUUUUUAUUCUACUUGUUCUGGUUCCAGGUUCAUUUCACUAUCUUGAGCCGGUCUGGCCCCGGCGACGACUUCAUGUCUCCUGAGUUCCAAGAAACUCUAAGCGACAAUGUAAUGUCCGCCAACGCAGUAACGAUCAAUUAUUACGACCACAUUCAAAUCAAGCAUAAGGAAACGAACGCAUAUCUACACAGUCAUCCGGACAAAUACCCUUUGAGGUACGACGAUGGCAGAGUUUCCAGUCAAGGCCAACAAGUGACCGGGUAUCCAUAUGCGGAUGCUAACAACCAUUGGCAAAUCCUCCCUGUUGAGAAUGACGAAGUUCUGGGGAAACCAGUCCAAGACAGUGACGUUGUGAGACUUCGACACAUUGUUACCGACACCAUGCUUUUGUCCCAUGAUGUUGCCUCGCCUUACUAUCCCACCAAUCAGGAAUUCAGCACUGUGCCGAUGGAAAGUGCUUUGGGUGAUCGUUUUAACGAUACUCUUUUUGAGAUCCGAAUCGAAAAUAGCAAGCCAAGACAAGAGUUCAAGAGUCUUGCCAGCCACUUCAAGCUCGUCCACUUCCCAAGCAAGGUUGCAAUGUGGACCCAUACCACGCCACUGCCGGAUUGGGCAUACAAGCAGCAAGAAAUCAACGGAAAUAAGAAUCUUGGCCAAAGCUCCAACAUUUGGUUGGUGGACGAGAUCCCCUCUAUUCCAAAGGAUAGCGAGCGCCUGAUCAAGGAAGAGCGCAAGGUCAAAUCCAUGCCUUUCCUCAAGAAAUGGUUCGAAUUACAAAGAGCCAUGUUCUUCCAUAACAAUGCUCUGACGAGCAGCCACCCUUACGCCAGUGAACCUUUUAUCUGGCCAUUCCUGUUGAGAGGUGUCAGUUUCUGGACACACAAUGAUACUCGUCAACAAAUCUACUUCCUUGGUAAUCCCUUGGGCUGGUGGUUGGCGAGCAGUCUUCUCGCUGUUUAUGCUGGAAUUAUUGCAGCUGAUCAACUGUCGCUCCGCCGCGGUGUUGACGCCUUAGACCAACGUACACGGUCACGACUCUAUAACUCUACUGGAUUCUUCUUCCUCGCCUGGGCCACGCACUACCUGCCAUUCUACCUUAUGGGUCGCCAAUUGUUCUUGCAUCAUUAUUUGCCAGCUCAUCUCGCAUCUGUACUGGUAACUGGCGCCUUAUUGGAGUUCAUCUUCAACGUAGAGCCAGUUGUCGAUGAUGGUUCUGUCGCCAAGGGCGGUAAAAAGGCACCCAAGAAGCAUCUUCCAGCGCGCGAGAAGCUCGCAGGCCAAAAUCUAUUGACUUCCUGGGCCGCGGCAGGUGUUAUCAUUGCCGUCGUCAUCGGAGGAUGGUACUUCUUCUUGCCUUUGACAUACGGUUACCCAGGCCUUACUGUGCCCCAAGUCAACGCGAGGAAAUGGCUUGGAUAUGAUCUACACUUUGCGAAAUAG